AUGGCCUCCUCCAAAACCUUCAACAAAUCCGCCCUCCAAGACGCCACGAAACAAGUCCUCUCCGCCGACCGCAAACUCCUCGUCUCCUACAUCCUCGACUGGAUCAUCAUCCUCAUCUUCGCCGGCGCCGGAGGUCUCCUCUCACUCGUCUCGCCGCACCACCGCCCCUUCAGCCUCGUGGACCUGAGCAUCUCCAACCCCGUCGUGCACGAACAAAUCUCCGUCGGCCUCCUAGGCGUCAUCGCCUUCGUCGUCCCCUCGAUCCUCAUCGCCAUCAUCACCAUCCUCUUCGUGCCCGGGAGCGAGGUGCGACGAACUUCGACCAGAGCCCAAGUCCUCCGCAUCAAACUAUGGGAGCUGGAAAAGGGCCUCGCGGGCCUGUGUCUCAGCGUCGCGCUGGGGUUCUUUAUUGUGCAAGGCACCAAAAACAUGUUCGGCAAGCCGCGCCCGAAUCUCCUCGCGAGGUGUGACCCGGAUCUGGAGAACUUCGCGCAGUACGUCGUGGGCAGUUUCGCGAGCGAGCUGAGUCCCGAGUGGGUACUCGUGAACUCCGGAAUCUGUCGACAAACCGACAAGAAAUGGCUCGACGAUGGCUUCCGCUCAUUCCCCUCAGGACACUCGCAGUGGUCGUGGAGUGGCCUUCUAUACCUAACCCUCUACUUCUGCUCCAAGUUCUCUGUCGGCCUCCCCCAUCUCCCCUACCUCCCCAACUACAACACCCCCGCGACGAACCCACGAACCUCCCACCACCACCCAGCAGCCGCAGCAUCAGGAGGCGACAACGAGCUCCUCCCCCUCCACGCUCACCGCGCCCGCGGCGACUCCGAAGAAACCAAAUACGACCCACACGCCCACCCACCCCCUUCCCCAACAACAACCGCUCACUCCCUCCUCCACCUCCGCAACACGGCCGCCUCGCCCCCAAACUACCUCAUCAUCCCCGCCCUCACCCCCGUCGCCGUCGCCGUCUACAUCUGCAGCACGCGCUUCGUCGAAUUCUACCACUUCGGCUUCGACAUCAUCUCCGGGUCCUUGAUCGGCAUCGUCACGGCGUGGUUGUCGUUUCGCUGGUAUCAUUUACCGAUUUCGAGGGGGAGGGGUUGGGCUUUUGGCGCGAGGAGUCCGGGGCGGGCGUUUGCGAUUGGGGUGGGGACGCCUGGGUAUGUUUGUGAGGAGGAUUGGGGAAGUGGUGGUGGUGGUGUGGGUGGGCGUGGGAAGGGAGGGGAUCUUGAGGCGGGGAGGGUGUAG